AUCUCACUCAGGUCUCAGCCCCUCCAUCCUGACUGACCACUCCGAUCUGCAGCACUAGCUCUGUAAGCAGAAUGGUUUGGCUUGUUUGGAUGCUCUUUGGCAUCCAGGUGCUUUGCUCCUGCAUUGCUGCCCCUCCGGCCCAAGGAGCAGGGGUUGCCCUGCUCUCCCCCCGCUGCGAUGAUGCUGCAGUGGAGGAGGCUGCAGACCUGGCUCUUCGCCAGAUCAAUGCUGACCGAGAAGAGGGCUACAUACUCAGCCUCUACAGAAUUGUCAGCGUCCGAGAACAGCCGCAGGAGACCACUGGUUCUGUCUACUAUCUUAUCUUGGAUGUAGUAGAUACUGAAUGCCAUGUACUCAGCAAAAAGUUGUGGAAGGACUGUGACACCAGAUCUGCUCAUUCAACUGUUUACGGUCAAUGCAAAGCAAUUAUUUAUAUUAAUCAGGCAAGAAAUAUUGCUCAUCUGAAUUCUUAUGAGUGCACUUUACAACCAGUUCUACCCAGAUAUAUUUCGUCAGUAUGUCCCGACUGCCCACUUGAUGAUUCCCCAACCAAACCUCAAUACUUGGAUGCUGCUGUUCAAUGCCUUGACAAGUUCAAUAGACAGAGUGAACAAGCUCAUUACUUCUCUGUCCUCAGUGUCACAAGAGCUUCAAUGCAGUGGAUCAUUGGUCCUGCAUAUUUUGUGGAGUUUUUAAUUCAGGAGACCUCUUGCUCCAAAGAUGUCAAGGAUGCUGACAUCUCGAUGUGUGAGCCACUUCCACCGGAAGUAGCUAAAAUCGGUUUCUGCAAAGGCUCUGUAGUAAACAGUCAUGUGAAUCCAUCUGUCACUGUAUCCUGUGAAAUCUACGGUCAGCAGGAUCCUGCCACUGAAGAGGAAAACCAGGAAGCUAAUCAGACACCUGGAAAAUCCAGGCAGGAUCAACAGGCUUCAGAUGCCAAUCUUUUCUCCCCACCCCUGGAAAAAACAGUGGGCUGGGUUAAAAUUCUACCCCCUUCAGAUGAGGACAUCACUUUCUAUAGCCUACAAGAAAGUCAAAAUGAACAUAAAGACAGAAAGCCAGCUCUUCCUAAGGAUGCAGGAUCUGCCCACAGCCUUGAUGAAGAAAAGGCUCAAGUAAACAAACCAGACUUGAGCAAACCAGUCACUAGACCAGUUAUUCUCCCUUUUCCUGAAGAACCUUCUCUGUCAGAUUCAUGUCCAGGAGAAGCAAAGCAGGUGGAAGGCAUCCUCCAUCCUUUGAUAACUAGAAGGCCUCCCAGAGUCUAGCCAGCACCCAAGUAGCACAGUGAUCUGCAACAAAAUAACAGCCCAAAUAGCAACAUAGUUCUCAAUUUGUGUAACACCUUCAAAUAAAUAAAUUGUUAAUUACAGUCUUCAUCUUUGGCAUUCUCACUUUUAUAAAAGCACAAGAACAGAUUGGGACAAGAAGUUUAACUGGGGCAUUUUCCAACAAAAGUAUUUGGCUUUGAAUUCUCAAAAUUUGCUCCAUCAGGCAAAGCACGAAGGAAAGGUAACUGUGGAAGAUAAAAGAACUUGCAGGGCUUGGACAGCCAAAAGACAUUGGAAAAAAUAUCCUUGGUAGCAAAAUCUGUCAGGGCUCAGUUCAGGGUGGCUGCUUCCCAAGGGACGGGGAGAUGGAGCCAAGUGUGACAACCAGGCUGGCGGGGCAGGAGCCUGUCCAGCGGUGCCUGAGAGAGGCGAGCAGGGCACACCCAGGGAUGGAAGUCAGGUUAUAGGAAGGAGCCAGCUCACUGCAUAAGUUCAGGGGCAGAGAGGCAGGUCUGAGAUCAGGCCAUAAAUGUGAGUUAGCAAGGCAUGGUCAGGGGCUGGUGUGGUUAUAGUAGCCAGUCAGCCCAGCAGUGUCCCAGCAAGUCUGCAGUGACCAGGCAGGUGUGAGAUACACAGGGCUGCAGGUCUGAAACUGGAUCUGCAUCUGCAGCGUUUGGGGCCAGGCACAGGCAGGGCUGUGAUGCUGCAGGAGCUGGAGCUCGGGCAGGGCUCCCAGCACUGUAGCCUUGGCUUAAAGCAGCCCCUGUGGCCUGGCCCCAGCACUGCCCACAGCCUGUCCCCAAGGUCACCAAGGAACAGACUGUCCCCAAGGUCACAAAGGAACAGCCCCAGUGUGCUGAGCCUGGCACCCAGCACCAAACCCUCUUGGAGCAGGGAUGCUCUCAGGGCCUUAGAGUGCCCCAGCAUGUGACAGGGCAUGAACAGGGAACAGCACUUCAGCACUGGGUAGCAUUAAGAGCUAGUGAGGUUUUGGUAUUAUGUGGGUAAACUUCUUAAUUAUAAUGUGAAGAGCUUAGCCCAUUUUUUUAUUUCCCAUAGCAAAUCUGAAGAAAGAUUUUUUCUUAAUGCUUUAUACCUCACUUAAAGCAUGUGGAUGAGCCUACACAUGUGUGAAGCCUCUGCACAUAAUUCUGGCUGGUAAAGAAUCAAAUCCAGACUAUUGAGACUGUUAUGCUCUAGUGAUGCUGCUGUGCAGGAAAAACAAUGAUUUAAAAAAUCAGCCUAAUUCUUUCUUGAGAUAGGUCACAUUAACUGCUCUAUAAUAAAAGACACAGGAACACUUGACAGCCUGCAGCCAAGAAAAAUCAAUUUCACUGAAGUCAGACAUGGUACUUGUACUGACAAAAACAAAUAUAAAUAAAUGAGAAGACCAGAAGAAAAAGAAUAAAGAUAGGAAAGAAAUGUCAUUUGGGGCCAGGAGUACACUGAUAUUUGCAAUAAUUAAGAGGUUUCUAUGAGACUAUAAAGCCUUUUUCCAGUUGCCACCAGAUCUGUAAAACCGUUUGUUCAAAACAAAAUCAAUAAAAUAUUAUUUCUGAA